AUGCAGCUCGCGGGGUCCGUCCGGCCCUCCGGCGCCGUGCCGAAGACCUCUCUGAAGCGCCAGGUCGCGACGAAUGCCACGGCGCAGAGCACCAAGCCCGUGAUCCCGGCCGCCGAGACCAUGAAGCUGGGCCGGAGCGACCUCGAGGUGUCGCUGAUCGGCGUCGGCGGGUGGAGCUGGGGCGACUCCAGCGGCUACUGGCAGGACGGCAGCAAGGACAAGACGUACGGCAAGGCGGGCGCGCGCGAGGCGUGGGACGCCAUGCAGGAGUGCGGCAUCAACUUCUUGGACACCGCAGAGGUGUACGGGUUCAACCUGUCGGAGAAGUACAUCGGGGAGUUUGACACCGACCCCGCGAGCGCGCAGUCCCCGAUCAUCGCCACCAAGUUCGCGCCGCUGCCGUGGCGGCAGACCUCGGGGUCGCUCGUGGACGCGUGCAAGGCCUCCCUGGCGCGCCUGCAGACGGACCAGGUCGGGCUGUACAUGCAGCACUGGCCCGGGUUCUUCCUCAACGCGUUCGCGAACGACAACUACCUCAAGGGGCUCGCCGAGUGCCAGCAGCAGGGCCUGUGCAAGGCGGUCGGCGUGUCGAACUUCAACGCCGAGCGCAUCCGCAACGCGCGCAAGUUCCUGGACAAGGAGGGCGUGCCGCUGGCGAGCAACCAGGUGCAGUACAGCCUGAUCUACCGGGCGCCGGACGAGAACGGGGUGUUCGAGGCGUGCCGCGAGAACGGCGUCACGCUGGUGGCGUACAGUCCGCUGGCGCAGGGCCUGCUGACCGGCAAGUACUCGGUGCAGGACCGGCCCCGCGGCCAGCGGUCGAUCAACUUCACGGAGGACCGCACGCGGCGGUGCGAGGCGCUCGUGAAGAUCCUCCGGGAGGUCGGCGAGGAGCACGGCGGGAAGACGCCCGCGCAGGUGGCCAUCAACUGGGUGAUCUGCAAGGGGGCGCUGCCGAUCCCCGGCGUGAAGAACGCGAAGCAGGUGCGCGAGGCGGCGGGUGCCUUUGGCUGGCGGCUCACCGAGGGGGAGAUCCUCACGAUGGAGGACGCGGCGCGUGGCAUCCAGUCGACGGGCGCGCCGUUCGAGAAGUGGUGA